AUGGAUAGACAAAUGGUGGAGGGUGAUUACAGAGGUUGGAGGUGGCAGAAGGUGGUGGUGAUGGAUCGAUGGUGGAAGGAGGUGGUCGACAGUGGUUUGGAAAAUAGAAGAAGAAAUGGAAGAGGAUCAUCUGAUAAUAACAAUAAGAAGAAAGCUCCGGCCGCACACAAAUCUCCGGUAUUCGACUGCGAUUGCUUCGAUUAUUACACGAACUACUGGUUCCGGUGGGACACGUCUGUUAACCGAGAGCUAAUUCAUCAAGUAAUUGAAGCUAUUGAAGAAAACUUUACCAGUAGUGAACAGGUUAACUGUCGCGGCCGUAAACCUAACCAGAAGAAAGAGAAGGCGAGUCAUCGGAGGUUCGCCGGAAAAGCUUUAAAUCCUCCGCCAGAGGUUUCGGUUUCGCCUCCGUACGACAUCUCAUUAGUUGAAGAAUGUGCAAAGGAAGAACAUGAGGUAGUGGAGGAGUCGCCGGAGACGGAUGCAACGGCGAGAAGAGGACUUCCGGAAGUGAAAGGGUUGUUUAACUGGCGUUUGUGGGGACUUUGGAGUCCGUGA